ACCCUGAUGACAUAAUCAGAAAGAAAUGGACCUCCUCCGGUCCAGUGAGGAGGAGAAGGAAGAGGACGAGGAAGAGGAGGGGUAACAUAAUCACCACCUCUGUCAGUGUCUGUGUGUCACUCUCUGCUGGGAACCAUCUAGUAGCGUUAAUGAAGCCCGGUGCAGGAGGAUCGACAGACAUCUUGCAUCUGUAAGGAAUGAUAGGAGUCCUGAACUCCAGCAGCAGAGUGUGCAGACGAGGGAUCCCUGAGCUGGUGGCAUGGAGGAAGCCUACAGUGAACUGUACCAGCAGUUCCUUCGCCUGAGGUCUCUUUGUCUGAGACAAGCUGCUCUGUUGAAUCAACUCACAACAGCCCUGCAGAAACAGCAAGGCGCCACUGUUCCUAAUGGAGAGUUAAGCUACAUGAUGUCCAUCCCCUUCCAGUGCAGCCAAGCAAUCCCUGUGCGCAUCCCUGAAAAGCCUCAACCGAUGACAGUAGCACCACAGUGUUGCAACCAUCAGGUCUCCAGAAAUGUGUACAGUUUUUCGGAUCUUCUCGCUGAAGAUAUGUCCAAGCUCUGCAUGGAUUUGCCUCUGCGGAGGGAGGAGGAUGGAAAGUUGGAGCCGAAGGUUGCACCUCUGUCAACCCUGGACUCCUCCAGGUGGCAUGGAGCCUUAACCAGUGACUCAAAUAAUCCUGGGCAGGCAGAUCAUCGUGGUAGAGACAGGACUGUGCACACAUCGAGGAUGCCUGCGUCAGACAGUCAGUCCCGUGUCAUGGACUUGCUGAGCCAGCCUGGUGGGUUACUGAUGUCAGACGUGGCGCUGCAGUCACACGUCUGCGACUUCUGCCAGGCGGUUUUCCCCGGAGACACAACCACCAAAGGAGAGUUCAUACGACACCUUCACACCCACAUCACCUAGACGGUGCGGACCAUGCAUCUGGUCCUGAUAGAUGAGUGAUGAGUGUUUGCAUGAUGUGGUGGAGCAGGUAAAUCGCAGUUAACCUGAUCUCUGGAAACAACAAAGUAGCAGUUUGCCUGUGGAUGAACUGGUUGUAAAAUGAAGGGUUGAAACAGACUCCCUGUGCUCCCAUCUAUAUUCAGUGCGGACAUAUUGCAUUUUAAAAGACUUAGUUCACCUAAAUUACACAACAUUAUAUCUACAACUAUAUAGCCAUGGUGUUAUUAGUCAAUGCUUUGAGAUAUCCUUCGCUGAGAUUUAUGCCUUUACCCGAAUGCAUGAUAACAGAAUUUCAUUUGUUGUGCUCACAACAUUGAAGUAUUAUAUACAAUUUAAAUGUCUCUCAACAAAGCGCAUAAGUCUGCUAAUGCCCAACAUCAUUAAAAUUCACUAGAUCUUGAUUUUUAUUUGGAUCUGCAUCAUUUUACACACACUCAUAAAUAUCAUAAAUAUCAGUCACCUAAACACUGAUGUGACUGAUUUGUUUAUUCUAAAUCAAUGAAUUAUUGUCUGGGAAAUCAAGGAAAAUGUAGCAAAAUGUCCUAUCUUGCAAUGUUUAAGAAAUUAAAAAACAUUCCUCGAUCUGCCCCCUGAUCAGGAUCUAGACCUUUCCUGACCAAUCCUUCCACCAAGUUUAAUGGUAAUCAGCCCCGUAGUUCUGAUGUAAUCCUGCUAGAAUACAGACAAACAAACAAAUGCAGAUGUAGAAAACCACAUCUCUUAUUCAGUUAUUCUGGACUCUCUACAGACAUAUCAGUAUACGGUUAUUACAGGGACUUCCUUAAACAUUAACCAAACCCAGCUCACUGUUUAAACUGUGUAAUUUAGUUAAGGUGCCUCUCAGAAUAACAGCCUAUGAUAGCAUGUAUUCAUGUCCAUAUAGUUCCUACUCUUAUAAUUUCACUUUGUAACCACUAUUAUAUUUUAUCUGUCAUUUAAAAUCAUAAAUAUUUAAUCUAGACUGAUUGUGAUCACCCCAGGUGUUACUAUGGUACCUGUGAUUUUUGCACCAUUAAGUACCAAGAAAUACCUUUAGAUGAACAAGAUGUUUGAUGAACACCCUGAUCAUGAGCAAAAAUAUAAAAUACAUAAAAGCAUCUUCAGGGGAUUAAAGAAUAUAAACAAAUAAUCUGUCAUGUUUAGGUAUUUAAAUCUGAGAUAUUAUUGUAGUUGUUUUUAAUGGUUAAUAUGCAUUCUUCUGCCCUGUCUUUGUUUACAGCUACUAUUAAAUGAUCUAAUGAAUGAUAAACUCA